UGAUUUAAUAAGUGAUCUCUAAUUUAGACGUUAAGCCAAAGCGCCCGCACUUUCGCCGCAAAUGACAGUAUCAUUGAAAACACGGAUUCAAACUUGAAAAGGCUUGAGAUAUCGACCAAACAGUUCCAAAUGCAAUUAGAAGACAUUAACAAAAGAGUUCUGUUGAUUCUUCUGGAAGACCAUAAUUCCGACGACAACACAGACUAUGACUCCAAUUAUGGCACAAAGUAUUAUGAGAAACAGUUUGAAGCCAGACAUGGGUGGGGGCGGGUCUGGGGUGUGGUCUCGCGGCGGUGCGAAGAUAGAGGCGGACGGAACUAUCUUAGACCUGUCUUCGAGCGGAUUAUUCAAAACGAGCGGCACUUCGAGUUCGUCUCCGGUGGCGGCCGUCACACCGAAGUAGUAACCGGUGGGCAAACGAACCCCUUUCACAGUAAAGCAUUCCUUCCAUUCACCCGUGCCGUCGAUAUUGGUGUUGACAGUCAGCACAUCGUUCUCGUAUCUGAUGGCCAGAAGUGUGUCGUGAUCUAUGCCUCUGAACUUAGACUCACAUCCGGCCAAUUCUGA